ACAGGCUGUUGUGAAUUGGAGACGAGCGGCCCCACAAUGCCAGGCGGGGGAGCCCCUUUCUCAGCUACGCUGCACAGCAUCACCGCCUCGCCUCACUGAGAAAGACAGGGAGGAGAGCAAUGCAAAGGGAUGUAAGAUGGCAGAGCUACAAAUGCUAUUAGAGGAGGAAAUCCCUGCUGGUAAACGAGCGCUCGUGGAAAGCUACCAGAAUCUCUCCCGCGUCGCGGAAUACUGUGAAAACAAUUAUGUUCAGGCUCAAGACAAGAAGAAGGCGCUGGAGGAGACCAAGGCCUACACCACCCAGUCUCUAGCCAGCGUGGCCUACCAGAUCAAUGCCUUAGCCAACAAUGUGCUGCAGCUACUGGACAUCCAGGCCUCGCAGCUGCGCCGCAUGGAAUCGUCCAUCAACCACAUCUCUCAGACGGUGGACAUUCACAAAGAGAAGGUGGCUCGUCGGGAGAUUGGCAUCCUCACCACAAACAAGAACACGUCUCGCACCCACAAGAUCAUCGCCCCGGGCAACAUGGAGCGCCCCGUGCGCUACAUCCGAAAGCCCAUUGACUACACGCUGCUGGACGACGUUGGACACGGUGUCAAAUGGCUUAAGGCCAAGCAACAUGGGAACAACACAGCAGGGCGAGGUGGGACACUUUCCAGAACCACCCCACCGACACAGAAACCCCCGAGCCCCCCAAUGGCUGGUCGUGGUACCCUGGGGCGUAACACUCCCUACAAGACACUUGAGCCAGUGAAACCUCCGGUGGUGCCUAAUGACUACAUGACAAGCCCAGCGCGACUGGGUAGCCAGCACAGCCCUGCCCGCACAGCCUCACUCAACCAGAGGCCCAGGACACACAGUGGCAGCAGCGGCGGUAGCGGUGGCAGGGAGAACAGCGGCAGCAGCAGCGUGGGGGUCCCUCUGGCUGUUCCCACACCCUCCCCUCCCAGUAUGGGCCAAGCAGUGGCGACGUCCUCUGCCUCGGUCCCCCAGGGGCCCGGCCUGGGGCCCAUCCCAAUGUCCCAGUUUGGCACAAUCUCCCGCCAGAUCUCCCGUCACAACUCCUCCUCCACCACCUCCUCGGCCUCCAUGGUGUCGGCCACUGGCACGUACCGCCGCGCUCCCUCCGUCUCCUCCCAGCAGCCUCACAUCAACGGGGGCCCAGCCUACUCGCAGAACUCAGUGUCUGUGGCUCCUCCGCCUCCUCCCAUGGUCCAGCUGACCCCACAGAUCCCCCUGACCGGCUUUGUAGCCCGAAUGCAGGAGAGCAUAACAGACAGCCCGGCUCCACCUCCUCCGCCUCCACCAGAGGACAUGGGUGUGUUCGAGGAAGCCUCCCCCCCUCCUCCUCCGCCACCUGUGGACUAUGAGGAAGAGGAAGCAGCAGUUGUUCACUACAGUGAUCCCUAUGCUGACGGAGACCCCCACUGGGCACCCAAGGCUUAUUUAGAAAAAGUUGUGGCCAUCUAUGACUACUCCAAGGACAAGGAGGAUGAGCUGUCCUUCAUGGAAGGAGCCAUCAUCUACAUAAUCAAGAAGAACGAUGACGGCUGGUUUGAAGGCGUCUGCAAUGGCGUAACCGGACUUUUCCCAGGAAACUAUGUGGAGUCCAUCAUGCACUAUGCUGACUAAAAAACACAACCCCACCCAGAGGAGCUCUGCAGUUUUGAGCAGAGGUAAAAGCAGGAGCGUGUACAGACGUGUGCAGUGAUAGCGGUUCAGAAGGCUCCCGUUUUCAUUGAAGUGCCAUGGUGGUGUUUGGAGAACGCUUUUCUGUUCGGGUGCCUGCACGGUUUGAUUCUGUAUUACACAUUAAAGGAGAGUGCUGCCGCGUUGGACGGCCGGGUCUGUUUGUUUACACUGUGGACGAAGGAGGAGGAGGCGUUUCUUUUCGCCGCUUAGAUACAAUAAAAAAUGACGUACAAUAAGAAUACUUCUAAUAGGCAUAAUGUUAAUUUCCAAUAAAAGGAUUUGACUAGACAGAUGAGGCAGCACCUUUAUCUGGCCGAGUCCUGCACAGACGCUUCUGCUGCUUCAUUUGCACUGUAGACCAGCAGACCAACUCUUCCCUCCUUCCAAAAGCACCAAUCCUAUCUUAUCCUAUCUUGUCUCAGCUUGUCAGAAAAGGACAAAUGAACAUCAAUAAGUGCUUUAGGACAUUGCUGAAUGUUCCGUACAGGUGUCCGAGUCACAAGAUGUUUAAGAGGGAACGAGCAGCCGGGAGUUGUGUAUGUACUGUGCGCUGCUGUUGGAAAAAGCUGAAGUGAGUGUAAAAAAAAAAAAGAAAAAUACGAAACCUGUUUCGUCUUUCUGGUGAAGUUUCCUUCUGUUCUCUAACUUGUAUAUAAGCUGUAACAUGAGAAGCUGCCAGUCCAGUACAUCUGUCAGUUAUUGUUUCACCUGUGAGUUUCCAUCAGCGUCAGUGGAGUUGGUGCCGGAGACUGAAAAGGCUUUCGUUUGUUCGUGUUUACUUUUACUUGAACAUUAACGUCAACCAACGCUCACAGUGCCGGUUGUCACGGCCACGUAUGAACUUUUGUAUUUCCACGCUCACGGAAUCAUUUUCAUCUUGAUUGUUCUUUUUUUGGCGAUGCUGUCCAGCUACUGUAGCUCAGAGAGGUUCUGAUCCGAGCUGAUUCCCCCGUGCUGACAUUUUGAUCGUCCUGCUCCCUCUCCCUCCGGUUGCUGGUGUGGUGCUUUUACAUCGGUGCUGAAUAACCAUAAUCGCCACAACACAAAUGACCUCACAAGAAGACUACUCUGCAUAGAAAUGUAACCGAGGGUUUUAGUCUCCUCUUUUAUUCCAGAAUGAACAUCAUGAUUUUUGAUUGUACUCUCCAAUCACUUCUGCAUUGUAGUGAAUGUAGACAACUUAACAGCUAGAAUCAGUCUGCUGCUUACAUUUAAAAAUGCUACUUACAUUUUCUGUCUGGAUGUUACAAAAUAUGAAUGACAACUUCCUGGGGUCUUAAAAGCAGCACUGAUAUGAAAACCUGUACUACUUUUGCAACAUAAGAUGCCUGUUCCUAUAAAGUGAUGACUAGAACUCACUGUCACUGUAAUGUUGAUAUCUCAGAAUUUGAGAUUUUGUGUUUGUAAUGAGUCACAUACAUUGAUGUACUUGGGAAGUGAUGGACAUUGAACAUCAGCUUUUAUUUUGAAAUGGAUCCAGUGGUAACAGCAGGAAAGCAGCCAAACAUUACGAUGAAUGAUUUGUCACUACAUCCCAUUCUCGAUUGUAUUUUUUUUCAUUUAUGAGGCAAAUUUGUUUUGUGAAAAGGCUACUUUUUCUACCUAAUCUCUGUCCAGCUUUGCAUUGCCCGCGUCUCAGUGUCCGAGAAUUAUCCAGCAGUUUGUCUGUGAAGCAUUUAUUUAUACUUUUUCAUAUGGAAAUCAUGAGACGAUCACUGACGCGGAGAACUUUGUAGAGUUUACCACUGAACGUCUCGCAUUUCAGGGCAUCACAGGUCAGAGGCGCCUUUUCUUCAAUGUGUGUUUUUCUUAUACAGUGUGGAGUUAAAAAAAAAAAAAAAAGAUCAGUAACUUAAAUGUCCAUGGGAACCGAAUUCAAUAUUUGUCAUCAGAUCCCAGUUUGUACAUAGGAUGUGUUCAUUGAAAUUUAUGUACAGACUUUUUGUAAUAAACAGUCCACUGAAACUAUGAACAGAA